CGUGCCCCUGCGAUGAACGUCAGCCAGGGAGCGGGCAUGGUACCCUGCAGCAGCCUCCUGCCCUCCGAGGGCGGCUGUGGGUGGGGCCCCUGGCCCAACGGGAGCGAGGGGGCCCUGCAGCUGCCCACCUUCUCCCCCGCCGCCAAGGCCCGCGUCAUCCUCACCUUCGUGCUGCUCACCCUCUCGGCCGCUGGCAACCUGGCGGUGCUGUGGGCGGGCGCGGGCGGGCGGCGUGGGAAGCUCUCGCACGUCCGCGUGCUCCUGCUGCACCUGGCGGCGGCCGACCUGCUGGUCACUUUCGUGGUGAUGCCGCUGGACGCCGUCUGGAACAUCACGGUGCAGUGGCGGGCGGGGGACCUGGCCUGCCGCCUCCUCAUGUACCUCAAGCUGCUAGCCAUGUACGCCUCGGCCUUCAUCACCGUGGUGAUCAGCCUGGACCGCCAGGCUGCCAUCCUGCGCCCGCUGGCCAUCGCCCAGGCCCACAGGAGGAACCGGCUCAUGCUGUAUGCGGCCUGGCUACUGAGUGCUGGGCUCUCCGUGCCCCAGCUGUUCCUGUUCCACACAGUCACCAUCCGCUCCCCGCAGACCUUCACCCAGUGCACCACGUGGGGCAGUUUCCCCCGGCGCUGGCACGAGACGGCCUACAACAUGCUGGGCUUCGCCUGCCUCUUCCUCCUGCCGCUGCUCAUCAUGGUCUCCUGCUACUCCCGCAUCCUGCUGGAGAUCUCCCGGCGCAUGGGCACCGGCCUCUUCUCCAAGGAGGUGGCCCUGCGCCGCUCCAGCAGCAACAUCCCACGGGCGCGGCUGCGUGUGCUGAAGCUGAGCCUGGUCAUCGUCAGCUCCUUCGUCGUGUGCUGGACGCCCUACUACCUGCUGGGCCUGUGGUACUGGUUCUGCCCCCGCGCCAUGGAGGAGACCGUCUCCCAGUCCCUCACCCACGUCCUCUUCAUCUUCGGCCUCCUCAACGCCUGCCUGGACCCCCUCACCUACGGCCUCUUCACCAUCCCCUUCCGCAGGGGGCUGGGGCACUGCUGCCGGGGGGGGCACGGAGCGGGGCCCGAGCCCUGUUCCCCGGCAACUGGAUCCUCCCGCUGCUCCGCCACCUCCUUGCACGCCAAGCGGAGCACCACGACCACCCCGGCGCACGAGACGCCCGGAGCCCAGAGCCAACUGGGCAAUGGGACCGGCAGCGUCGACAGCAACUACCUGUGAGGCCAGGGCCUGGCUGGGGCCCUGGGUAAAGCCCCGUGCCCGGAUGGGCCGGGUUGGUGGGCCCUGCCCUUGUGCCCAGCUCGGCCUGGGGCCGUGAGGGGUCAGUGUGCUGCUGGAGGAGACGGGC